CCCUUGACUUAUUCAGGUAUAACCCACUACCAAGGCCAUGGCAGACUCUGCCAGUGACGCUGGCGAUGCAACACAGCCUACAGCCUACCAGGCUGAGCACCGGACAGCCACUCGCGAUGCCAAUGACCUUCCAUAUCUUCAAAAGCUGGUGGGCCGUUUCCUGCAACGCUACUUUGGGGCCUACGGCCUCUACACAGCCCGUAUCAUGCAGGUCUUGCGCGACGACUGCGCCGCCCUGAUCACCUACGAGGACGGUGAUACGGAUCGCCUCUACCUGGAUCAGCUGCAGCGGCACCUCAUGCCUCGAGGCUGGAUCCCUCCUGCUGUGCAAAACGCCGCUGAACUGACCAGCAAGUUCAACUGCACGUGGCCUCCCCCCUCACUGAGUAGCAAGAUGGUCAUUGACGAGCCUCGUCGGCGUCGAAAGUCCCAACAAGCUGUCGAGCGCGAACUCUAUGCCGCGACCUUGCGCUUUGAAAAGGAAAUGCGUGCUCGCGAGAAGCAAGAGGCUCGUCUCAUGCGAGAACAGAAACGUGCCGAAGCUGCUCAGCGAGCUGCGGCUGCAGAAGCACUCACUCACAUGGGCAUGACAGACAAGCAAGCCGCCCCUCAACCUGCAACCCAACAACAAGAAGCCACUGACAUCAAACUAAAUCGGUCAACCGUCACCACCUCCAAAGCCUCGAAACCCACAAGGACGUCCAAGACGUCCAAACCAACUCAACCAACAAGCUCCGACAUCGCCUCCGUUGCCAAGCGUCCAAAGCGAAAUUCAGGUGGCGCUCGUGCAUCAGCCCACACCCCUGUGGUGGAGAACGAUCCUGAUGCCAUUCGAACCGUGCAAGUCGGUUCCGGCCGCGUCCUGGUUUCAGGCUUGUCUUUCCCGAUCCGCAUCAACGGCAUUCAUCGGCGAAUCAUGAUUGAACAUGAUGCAGACACGCCUCACGGCAAGCGAUCCACGACUGGAAUGAGAAAGCGAAUCAUUGCCUAUUUUGCUGCCAACCAACCCUAUCGGUACCGCAUUCCCUUGUCAGAUCUGACCACGUAUCACCACAAGGCCGUGUGCAAGCGCACCAUCAUUGAAGAUUACGUACCCAAUUCUCAGAAUCACGACAGCGUUCAUGCUGACAAUGCCAGUGAUGCGGGUCUCGUCAUUACCGAGAGUAGCGACCAUGAAGAUUCCAUGUCCGCCAGUAGAGAUGCCAGAGCAUCGCAAGGUCUUGAAUCGAGAAAACGACGCAGCGAUGGGGGUACAAGCAAUGGGCGUCAGUGGACGCGCUGCCCAACCUGCACCCGCAAGCACUGGAACGACCAAGACUGCGGUGACGUCAUAUUGCCCCCCUGUGGGGAUGAUCCUGAAACCCACCUUGAACAAGACAGGCCCAGAUCCCGCUUUCUGACUGGGCAAAAGCGCUGGGGUGGCGCCACCACCACCAAGUUGUAUGAAACAUUGCAGGCUCGCUGCAACAGCCAGCCUUCGGAAGGCUCCGAGUCAACACCGGCCACGCCAGGCGUUGCUACGCCUCUCGAAGCAGACACCCCACCUCAACGCUCAGACUCACCCUCUUCAGAUGCCAAGACUGAAGAUCCGAAUGAAGCUCUCAACCCGGACACGGCCAAACCCGAAAGCGGACCCCUCAACGAAGCGCGGAUCAUCAAGACCAUGUACAAAAUUGUCAACUCCAAGGCACGCAAACUGGACGUCACAUGCGGAGCCGAUGGGCGUUAUGGCAUCACCGGCAACGUGACUCGAGGAAGCAUGCAUCACAUGCUCGCAUAUCUGCGCCAGGAAUGUGAACUGGAUGAGAAUGCAACCAUGAUUGAUCUGGGCCACGGCAUGGGACGGCCCAAUCUGCAUGCUGCUGGCCUUGUGCCGCCCAUCCGUGCCAGCGUCGGUACGGAGUUUAACCCACAGCUCUACAAACAAUCCAUGCUGGCUCUCUCCGAAGUUGUGGCCCAGUUUGAGCACCUGCAGAGCAAACCAUGUCUCUUCUUUAUGGACCACAACAUCAAGGACAUUCGCUCCUUCAACGGUUUCUCUCAUGUCUAUGCCUUUAACAUUGGCAUGCCCGAUGACGUGAUUUCGCAUAUACUGGCGAUUGUCAAACGUUCCCGCGACGUCAAAUACCUCAUCAUCUAUCCCCAUCGCAAGUGCAAUCAGCGCAGUCUGGCCAAGAUCGGCAAGGUGAUCCAUCGAAUGUCCAUGCAAAUGCCGGGCCAGCGGCGCUACGAGGCCAACAUUGUCAAGGUUCAACACGAUGACUCGGCCCGUGACGAACUGGACAGCGAUGUCAAGCACGCCUUUGACAUCUUGUCUUCAACCGACAUGUACUCUGCCUACGUGCAGCAACUGGGUAUCGUCACGGUCCUGGAUGACGAGCAGCAGCAAGUCAGGCUGUCUCGCUCAUCGCGACACCAAGCCAUCUGCCGUUACUUUUUGGAACAGAGCCCUUGUCUACCCGAUAUCAGCCUCGGCUUGCUGCGACGUGUUUGCUUGGCCCUUGGCGUGAGCACAACGGGUCAUAAGGUCGACCUCUUGGCCAACAUUCAGGCCUAUUGUCCUCAUACCUUUAGCAUCUCCAUCUUUGCCAUUGGCGAAGACUAUUCGAAUAGCACGAUUGAAUUCUUGGUGCAGAAGCUUCUAAAGCAACCGCCUAGCCGUCGCCAACCAGAAUUGAGCAUGUAGAACAAGUGGCCUGGACAAAAGGGUGCUUGCAUCAAUUCUUUUUACGGACUCGGCAGUUUUGCUGUUCCGUGUUUGCCUUUGUUUGUUC